UCUCUGACCCAGGAAGCAGUUCCCAGCGCCGACAAGUUGCUCCGUCAGGCUGCAGGCGGCACUCAUUCACUCGCUGUUGCAAUUGAACGCAAUGGCACCGUGAGGCUUAAUUAGCGAUUUCUGGUAGCAGCUCGGGAGGGUGGGUAGGUAGGUAGGUUUCCUCGUCUUGAAACUCCGGCAUUUGGCUGCUGCCGUGAAGACCGCGCUAUUAAACUGACGGAGCUGUCCUUUAAGCAGCAGCGGAGGCCGCGAUGGGCAUGGGGUAAACGGCUGCUCGGGGGGGAUUAUGGGAGACGGGGAGCAUGACUGAAGACGCGCUUAGUAACGUCAACUCCCAGUCGUCCCUGAAGACCGUGGCGCUGCGGGUCGGGGAGCUCCCUCUUUCGCUCUACAGCUCCCUCCCACAGGUGAGAUGCAGCCCUGGCGUGAAAAAGCUGUUUGCUGUCGCUGCCUUCGGCGCCGUGUCUCUGAUUUUCCUUGCUCGUCACUUCAAAAGGAGGAAAGGGAAGACUAAAAAGACACCACAGCCUCCAUGGGGUCAGGAGAACUUCGUCCCAGGAUUCCUCACCACUGCCCCCUCCGAGAAAGGUAGAGCAGAUGGGCACGAUUCAAGUCGCUCCAGUAGCAGACAGAAUCUCAGCCUUUCCUUGAACUCCAAGGCUGGUCAGUCCUACAAUCUCUAUCCCAAUGGAGCGCUUUGCAGCAGGUUUUCUGGUUCAGCACAAAGUCUGGCCUCAGCAAACAGUGUCAAUUCUUCAAACAGCUGCGCGUGUGCCAACAACUCCAGCUCCUGGGACAAGGCGGCAGAGGACAACGAAAUAAACGCAGUCAACAUCCCCGUGACAACCCCGGAGAACCUGUACCUCAUGGGUAUGGAGCUCUUUGAGGAGGCUCUGCGGCGCUGGGAGCAGGCCCUGACUUUCCGAAGCCGCCAGGCAGAGGACGAGGCAGACUGCAGCUCCAUCAAGCUGGGGGCGGGAGACGCCAUCGCCGAGGAGAGUGUGGAGGACAUCAUGAGUGCCGAGUUCAUCCACAAGCUGGAGUCCGUGCUGCAGAGAGCCUACCGCCUGCAGGAGGAAUUCGAGGCCACUCUGGGAUCCUCAGACCCCUCUUCUCUCGCUAAUGACAUCGAUAAAAACACUGACAUCACGGUGCGAGAGGAUGACGACUUCUGUCUGAGGGACACUCUGAGCAUCGCGUCCACAGAUUCCUUCGUAUCGGCGGCUGAGCUGUCGGAGCACCGGGACCUGCGGGGUGCCUGCGCGCUGGGGUCCCUCUGCCGCUACCCACUGUACGAGGAUGCCCUGCGGCUGGCCGAGGAGGGCCAGAUCUCCUGCAGGGUGCUGAGGACCGAGAUGCUGGAGUGUCUGGGAGACACGGACUUCUUGGCGAAGCUACACUGUGUUCGCCAGGCUUGUGAGGUCAUUCUUUCCGAAAGAGCAACUCGGGCUUUUCUGGCCGAGACGGGGAAGAAGAUUUUGUCCGCCAUCGUUGUAAAGGCACGCAAGAACCCAAAGAGAUUUGAAGAGGUCUUUGAAGAAAUGAUGAGUUUCCUGGAGCACACCGAUCACUGGGAGAACACCGAGUUAGAGCUGGCCGCAAGAGGGGUCAAACAUUUGAAUUUUUAUGACAUAGUCCUGGAUUUCAUUUUGAUGGAUUCCUUCGAAGAUUUAGAAAACCCCCCGAUUUCCAUCCAGAACGUGGUCAAUAACCGCUGGCUCAACAGCUCCUUUAAAGAAACAGCUGUGGCCUCCAGCUGUUGGUCAGUGCUGAAGCAGAAGAGGCAGCACAUGAAGGUUCCGGAUGGCUUCAUUGCACACUUCUAUGCCGUUUGCGAGCACAUUAGCCCCGUUCUGGCUUGGGGGUUCCUUGGGCCAAAGAGUUCUUUGCAUGAUUUCUGCUGCUUCUUCAAGGACCAGGUUCUGUUCUUCCUGAAGGACAUCUUCGACCUGGAGAAGGUGCGGUACUCCGGCGUGGACAGCCUGGCCCAGGACGUGCUCCAGCUGCUCCACCGGCGCUCCGAGCUCCUCCUGGCCUACCUGGGCGCCGACUCCCUGAGGCGGGUCAACGGCUGCGUGCCUGGGAGCGGGCCGGGCCGCGAGCUGGCGGGCGGGCUGCUGGAGGCCCGGGUGCAGUGAGCCCCGGGAGAAAGGACGACGGUCAGCUGCUACUGUGGGAAUACCUUGGGACUUUCCGAGCGCUGCGGAGGUAUCAUCUUGGUGGGCGUAUUUAUUUUAGUCCUGUCAAUACUUGCAAUAUUUGUGCAGCACCUUGUAGAAUUUGCCCAACUGUCCAGUGACCGCCGUACGUUAAUAUGAAGUGAGUUCUGGCUUCCUGUGUGGGCUAUGUGGGCUGUGCUGUACACAUUUGAUCCUGUACUACGAUUGUAUGCCUAAAGCCACACUGCUGCUUGAUGUUGCCUUGUCACAACAUUUAUUUCAACACCCUGCACCCGCCUGAUGUAACGCACGUCUCUGUACACUACUAUUGGCACUCUACACUGGACCUCAUAAUGCUGGGAUUGCAUUGGAACUGUUCAUCUUCAAAUACCGUCAGCUGGCCUUUUUAUACUGCAGAGCAGGGCUGCUGUGAAUGUAUCAUUACUUUCUGUUACACACAUAUAUAUAAAGCCUUACUUAUGUCCUGGGAAGCUAUGAAUUUUUAGCAUUUGUCCGGCACCGUUUUCCAUAUUCCCGAUUUAAGAUUUUUCCUCAAAAAAGCAGGAGGCGGAGAGGCACUCAGUCAGAAUCCAGCUGCGCUUUUUGUUCUCCGUGAAAGGUUGAGAAACAUGACGAGGCGCCGGGAGUCUGGCCAUGCCUGCUGCACCGGUCCUCUGGGGGUGUUUGAGCAAGCAGUGGACUGAGGGCCUGUGGGGAGAGGUCAUGGCGCUGUUGCCUGUGGUCACUCAGAUUGUCGGCCCUGCAGUCCCUGUUGUACUGCAUGAUCACUCGGAGAAGGGAAGGCAGUUAUAGGACCAGAAGAGUUUUCAAGACAAUACAGUAGGCCAAAAAAUCCCUUUUAGGAGGUGUUAAGUAGAAUCAUGGAUCAAGGGAGAACGAAGUUAAUUUUAUUUUUAUAUACCUAUACAGUAUAUAAGCAGCACUUUUCUCUUGUGCGUAAAAAUGAAAUUUUCACGACCUGUGUGCAUAUUGUCUGCAAAUAAAGAAUGAACAAACGUUAA